AAGAGAAAAUCUCACACUGCCUCUCCCUGGGCAGCCCCUAUUUAACAAGUGUUUGGGGAAUUUCUCACGACCAUUAGGUCAGGGAUGGGAGCAGGCCCUCCUCCCCUCUAAGACUCUCGGUAGCCUUUCUUCUCCCCGGCACACAGCCAGUCCCUGGAUUUGCCUGGGCCUCCUGCACCUGGGAGAGCCUCUCAAAAACCAGUAGCCAGCGUUUGUCUCUUCCCUGUCUCUGCCCCACCAUCUUGGGAGGAAAAGCAGACGGCAGAGUCCAGAGCCAGCGGAGGGCAGGAGCUGAGUGCCGUCUGAAGUCAGCCAAGCAGCACCCAGAUGAGUGACGAUGGAAGCACGGGGGGCGCCGUGUCGAGCCUGGGGAGGCUGACACCCGUGCUUGCCUUGGCGACGCUGAUCGCUGCCUUUGGGUCGUCCUUCCAGUAUGGGUACAACGUGGCCGCUAUUAACUCUCCUGCCGAGCUCAUGAAAGCGUUUUAUAACGAGACCUACUAUGACAGGAUUGGUGAAUACAUGAGCGAGUUUUCCUUGACCUUGCUGUGGUCUGUGUCCGUGUCCAUGUUCCCCUUCGGAGGCUUCCUGGGCUCCCUCAUGGUCGGCCCCUUGGUGAAUAAAUUAGGCAGAAAAGGAACCUUGCUGUUCAAUAACAUCUUCUCCAUCGUGCCCGCGGUCUUAAUGGGGUGCAGCAAAGUCGCCGAGUCGUUUGAGAUGAUCGUUGUCGCCAGACUCUUGGUGGGAACAUGUGCAGGCCUGUCUUCCAAUGUCGUCCCUAUGUACUUAGGGGAGCUGGCCCCCAAGAACCUGAGGGGGGCCCUGGGGGUGGUGCCCCAGCUCUUCAUCACCAUCGGCAUCUUGGUGGCCCAGAUCUUUGGUCUCCGGAGUAUCCUCGCAAACAAACAAGGCUGGCCCGUCCUCCUCGGGGUGACCGGGAUCCCGGCGGCGCUGCAGCUCCUCCUCCUGCCCUUCUUCCCCGAGAGCCCCAGGUACCUGCUGAUUCAGAGGAAAGAUGAAGAGACGGCCAAAAACGCGCUGAGGAGGCUGCGCGGCUGGGACGACGUGGACACUGAGAUAGAGGAGAUCCAAGAGGAGGACAAGGCCGAGAAGGCGGCGGGCUUCGUCUCCGUGCGGAAGCUGUUCAGCAUGAGGUCCCUGCGGUGGCAGGUCGUCUCCAUCAUCGUCCUCAUGGGCGGCCAGCAGCUGUCGGGAGUGAACGCGAUCUACUACUACGCAGACCAGAUCUACCUGAGUGCGGGGGUGAAGGAGCAGGAUGUCCAGUAUGUGACGGCCGGCACAGGCGCUGUCAACGUGUUGAUGACCGUCUGCGCCGUGUUCGUGGUGGAGCUCCUGGGGAGGAGAUUCCUGCUCCUCCUGGGCUUCUCCAUCUGCUUCGCCGCCUGCUGCGUGCUGACGGCUGCCCUGGCUCUGCAGGAUGCGGCAUCCUGGGUGCCUUACAUCAGCAUCACCUGCGUCAUCUCCUACGUCGUAGGACACGCCCUGGGGCCCAGUCCCAUCCCCGCCUUGCUCAUCACCGAGAUCUUCCUGCAGUCCUCCCGGCCGGCUGCCUUCAUGGUGGGGGGCAGCGUCCACUGGCUCUCCAACUUCACCGUAGGCUUGAUCUUCCCGUUCAUUCAAGUGGGCCUCGGAGCUUACAGCUUCAUCAUUUUUGCCGUGAUCUGUCUUCUCACCACCAUCUACAUCUUCCUGGUUGUCCCUGAGACCAAGUCCAAGACCUUUAUAGAGAUCAAUCGGAUCUUCACCAAGAUGAAUAAAGUGUCAGAGGUGCACCCAGAAAAGAUGGAACUCAAGGACUUUCCGCCCUCUGCUUCGAGGCAGUAACUCAAGAGAAGGAGCCUGUUAACCAGGGCUGCGUGGAGAUUGCCUCCUGGGCUGUGAAUCCAGAAUGGGGACAAGGCAGUGUGGAGUGCAGGCCCUGCUAGGACUGUCCGAAAGGCUUCUGUGCAGUUCUGAAAGCCAGGCCGUCUUUUUCCAAGUUGACCCACCACCGACCCCAAGGCACGGCGGGCAGUUGUUCCUUGAUCAUGCUGGGUCAACCAUUGUGUGGUUCCUGGUAACACCAGCUUUUAUAACAAAAAUCAUCACCAUGGUUUCGAGAUGGAAGGACUCAUAUGUGGCCAAAGAAACUAACUCUUCUCCAACUCCAUGGUCUUCCAGGGACCAUGGACAUGUUCUCAGAGUGGAAUCCAUUUUCUGGUCAGAUCCAUUCCAGAAACACUAGUCUCAGAAAGUGUAAUGUCAUAAGUAAUGAUGUCUAGGAAGCUGGGAAACAGGUCCCUAUGGAGACUUUAACCAAGUCAGAGAUGACUGAUCCUAAAUUAUAUUGUUACAGAACAAUAGAAUUGCCUAUAUGUACUCAAUACAAUAAAUCUGAUCACUCUUUA